UUUGCCUUGUACCACCGGGCGCUGGACCUCCAGAAGCACGACCGCUUCCAGGAAUCGGCCGGAGCCUACCACCGGUUGCUGGACACACGGCUCCUCAGAGAGGCGCUUCCGUCAUGUGGCGAGGGCCGCGAGGGGCUGAGGCACCCGGGGUUGAUGCUCAAGUACUCCACUUACAAGAACCUGGCGCAGCUCUCGGCGCAGAGGGACGACGUGGAGACCGCCAUGCACUUCUACCUACAGGCGGUGACACUGGAUGCAACGGACGUCAACCUGUGGUAUAAAAUCGGCCUGGCGGCGCUGCGUCUGACACGGCUUCCGUUGGCACGUCACGCGUUCGAGGAAGGGCUGACCUGCAACGCUGACCACUGGCCUUGUCUGGACAACGUCAUCACCGUCCUCUACGCCCUCAGCGACUACACAAGUAGGACAGGGAUUAAUUAA